AUGGCGCCCAAGGGAGGAAACGCAAAGAAGGAGUCCGGCCGAGCCAAGAAGGCCGAGAAUGAGGCGAAGAAGGCCGAGGCCGCCGCCGCGCAGAAGGAGAAGGCCGAGGCGGACAAGUGGAAGUCGGGGGCCAAGGGCGCGUCCAAGGCAGACCUGGCUGCCGCGAAGCAGGCCGAGGCGGCGGCGAAGAAGGCCGAGCGCGAAGCCCUCCUCGCGGCCGAGGAGGCGUCGAUGCCGACGAAGAAGGCGGCCCCGAAGGCGGGACAGAAGAAGAAGCCCUCCUCUUCUGCCGGUGGAUUCGCCAAGACGAACGCUGGCGUGAGCGCGUUCCGGACCGACGACCCCCAGGGCCUGCGCCGCGACCCCGAGCGCGAGGUGCAGAGUCUCUCGGCCGUCGGCGUCGACGAGAUGCUCGAGGCGCUCGAGAUCGUGAAUGAGAAGACGGACAAGAGCUCGCAGGGCACCAAGGCCGCUGGCAUCGACACGCAUCCCGAGCGCCGCGUCAAGGCUGCCUUUAACGCGUACCUCGAGCGCGAACUGCCAAAGUACAAGGAGGAGUACCCGGGCCUCCGCCAGAAUCAGUAUCGAGACCGCCUCUGGGCGCAGUUCCAGAAGUCGAGCGAGAAUCCUAUGAACCAGCUCCACCUCAAGUACAACGCUACGAAGGAGGAGAAGCUUGCCGUGUACCAGGAGACGGCGCGCGCGAGGGAGCAGAAGUACGCUUCCAGGGAUGACUAG